AUGAAUACAGCGGCUGCAUUAACUGGCCUAACCAAACAUUUAUUUAUUCGACAGCGGACAAAACGCAACUUGGUAUCGGCAUUGAUUCCCCGAUACAGUCCAUCGUAUUCGCAGGCAAGAGCUGUUAAUGUCUUUUCUGUCUUUUCCGAAUCCAUCAAACGACAGAUUGACGAGAACAAAGAGUUUCAGGAAAAUGUCAAACAGCUUGGAGAACAAUCUACCAAAAUUGCUGAAUCUGAUGCAGUCACUCGAGCAAGAGAGGCUGUUACAAAAACCUCCGAGACCACUUCAAAGGUUAUGAAUGCUGUUGGAGCUGUAGUGGACAAGACACUCGAUACUCCUGUUGUUAAAAUGACUGGUCAAGCGAUUGCAAAAACUGUCGAGGGUGUUGCCUAUGUAUCUCAAAAGGCUGCCGAGCCCAUCGCAAAUACCACAGCUGCAAAAGCCAUUUCUUCUGGAAUCAAGGAAGUCGUUGAAAGCUCAUCCAAUGCAUUUUACACAGAAUACAAACCCAAGGAGGUUAGAGAAAAAGAGAAGCAAGAGCGUCUUGACUCGUACAGGAAGCGCAAUCCAUUGUCAGUGGUUCAAGAUCCAAGCCGUCCCGUUUUGGCAGAUCCCGAGGCUGGCAGCAAUGUUGUUAUGCACAAGUCUAGCGAAAUGACAGAGGCGUGGCGCAAGUUUUUAGAAGAGAGCACUCUUGGUCGAACCCUCUUUGCUGCUCGUAGAUCUGUUGAACAGAGCGAGAGUCCUUUGAUGUCCCGCGUACGAAACUUUCUUGCCAGUACCAAGGUAGAGGAGUCUGAGCAUGCGCGAACCAUUCGUGCAUUUAAGCAAGUAGAGCCUACAUUUUCUGUAGAUGCUUUUCUCAAGGAAACCACUCAGUAUACUAUUCCCGAACUGAUGGAAGCAUUUUUGAAGGGGGAUGCAGAUACUCUCAAGGAGUGGUGUAGCGAAGCAGCGCUUGCUAAACUGACUGCCGGAUUUGAAUCACAAAAGCAGCAAGGACUUGUGUCAGAUAGCAAACUACUGGAUAUACGUGGUGUUGAUAUCCGUCAACUGAAACUUCUCAACGAUGAAGUGCCAAUCAUUCUAAUUGGAUUCACCACCCAGGAAAUUCUGUUGUUUCGCAAUCGCAAAGGAGAGAUUGUAGUGGGUAGUGAGGAUGUAAUCUUGACAGCUUCAUACGCGAUUGCAUUCACCAAAGCACAAUUAGUGGAUUCAGAAGUUGAAUAUAAUCCUGCUACCAAUGGAUGGCUGGUUGUUGACUAUGCUCGUCACUCUUCAGGAUGGUAAACAAUACUAAACACAUAAAGUCAAACAGUUUUAUUUGGUGACUAGAA